UUCUGAAUGGUGCAAUGACAUCGCAGCACUUCGAAAAAUCCCGCCCAAACUCCACGCCCCCGGCAUCUAUCAGCAGUCGAUAAAACUACUGUCGAGAUGUCGGCAAAGCAGACUCGGUGCUAGACAUUUUAGCACAGGGUACUAUCUCCCUAAUGGCGUUCGUCGCAGUGAAAACAAAUACGGGAUGAUCAUCAUUGAUAUUCAUCGCUUGACUGAGUGCAUCACCUACUGAAAACAUCACCUCGGAUUGAUCGCUGACGGGGGGAAGUAACUGCAACACUCCCAAUCGUUCAAUAACUCCAGACGAUAUAUACCACUUGGUGGGGUCCCACCUGACAGACUUAAAAGGCACUAGACUCGAGACAGUUUACCUGCGGCGUCGUUGAUUUUAUCGGAAUUGCAGUUGUAGUGCUUCACACAUGAGCCCUGAAAUGCGUUUUCCAUCGGUGUCUAAUAAAAGUAACAAAUCUGUAUUAAUAACUCUCGAUAAUAAUAUCCACUUGCCAAUAUUAAAUCGAGAUAUGGCUCUCGAUUUGAUGCCAAGUAUGGGGGUUACUGGCUGCAUUGUGCACCGAUAAAAUAAUUGUGAUUACAUACACGUGAGUUGCAUGGAGGAAGUGAAAAAACCUCCGAUGGAUCUUGAGACGCCCGUUUCGCUGGGAAUAGUAUUUUGAUUAAAGAUGGAGGAAAGUGGUAACGACAAGUUCCUUUUGAGAAGACGUGCGGUUACCCUGAAACCACUUAAGGUGAAAGAUGAGCGUGUUGCUACAUUGAAAAAGGUCGCUGCCAUACUUAAUAAAUCGGAGGUGGACAGAACUGCUGAGGAAACAGAAUUAUUGUCUUCCUGUGGUGAUGUUGUCAAAGAGGUUAAUCUUAGACAAGAAAAAAGGGACAAAGUGAAAGCACGAUUGGAGGAGAUUGAGGACCCCCCAGAGCUCCUCGAGGAAAAAUGUAUGAGACUAGCUGGGGCAAUAAGUCGUGCAUCUUCCCUUGCUGUUUACACCGGCGCCGGCAUAAGCACAGCAGCAUCAAUUCCAGAUUACAGAGGGACAAACGGUGUCUGGACACGAAUGCAGCAGGGGAAAGACAUAGGAAAUCAUGAUCUCAGCUUAGCGGAGCCGACAGUCACGCACAUGGCGUUGUAUGCCCUGUACAAGGCUCGUGUACUGAAGCACGUUGUAUCCCAAAACUGCGACGGCCUUCACCUACGCAGUGGUAUUCCACGUUCAUUUUUAUCAGAAGUCCAUGGUAAUAUGUACGUAGAGGUUUGCCGGGCGUGUAAACCAUUUCAGGAAUACCUUCGGUUAUUCGACGUGACUGAAAAAACAGCGAGGUAUUCACACGGAACAGGUAGACAUUGUCACAAGUGUAACUCCAUCCUUCAGGAUUCGAUAGUUCACUUUGGCGAACGUGGAAAUUUACCAUGGCCGAUAAAUUGGAAUGGGGCGUGUCGUGCCUCGAAACAGGCUGAUGUUAUUCUGUGUCUUGGUUCGAGUCUAAAAGUCCUGAAAAAAUAUCCCUGGCUGUGGCAGAUGGACAGACCUGUUCAGAAACGUUGCUCCCUGUACAUAGUUAAUCUUCAGUGGACACCGAAGGAUGAAAAUGCAACGUUGAAGAUAAACGGCAGAUGUGAUGAAGUUAUGAAACGAGUAAUGAGCCAUUUAGGAUUAGAUAUACCAGAUUAUAAUAGAUCCAAGGAUCCGAUAUUUUAUCACGCUAUAAGACUGCAAAUUAGUGAACAAUCGACAACAUCACAACCUUGUCUUGAGGAGCCUGUUUUAAUCGCCAAUGAGGAGAAGAGUGUGAUUGAGAGUAACGGUAUGAUACCAAAAAAGGACAAUGAAGACUGCGUAUCACAGAUUAAUAUCAGUGAGCCAUUGAGCGCCUACUCGGCACCAUUCUUCACCGCAUUACCCUUCCUAUCUAUGGGCUUACCAUUUCCACCGAUGUUUCUCUAUCCCCAAUUGACGUCGCUACUUUAUUAUCCACUGCUUCAAGCCCCACCGAUCAAACAGGAGGACAUUAGUCAGCCAAAAGUCACGCCAGCUUGCAAAUUUUGCAUGGAGAACGAGCAAUCACAGAAUUGUUUGUUCUAUCAGACUAAUGGCGAAGAUCCUGUUGUUACUGAUCAGCCUACUGACUCCAUCGAGCCACCUAUUGACAAUGACAAUGAGAAUAACAUUGAAGUGGUGGCAGAGUCAGAGGAUGCUUCCAGGGCCACGGCUAAGAAUCCUGGAUGGUUUGGCAAGGGCUAUCGAAAGGGUUUCAAGAAGAAACGGUAGCAUCCAUUGGCCCAAAUCAUCAAACCCACGAAAUUGAUAUUAAUCGAUGGACAGAAGGGCGACGUAGAAGCAACAGUAUCGAUGUAAUCUAUAUGAUCAAAGACUUUAAAAUGGAAAGGGUGGAGUAAAAUGGAACGGUAGAAAAGAAUCAAGAGCGAAAUUGAGACUAUUUUUUUGUCUAAUGUAAGUUUACAAAUAAUCAUUUGGGUUUAAGUCAGUGACAUCAGUUUAUUCUUUGACUCUUGUCAUCGUGUGAUCUUCGGGGAAAACGAUAGUUUUUCUGACUUUCUGGUAAAUCAAAAAUGUAGAUUUACGACCAUUCCAUUUUACUCCAGCCAUCUCCAUUAUUUCAGAUUUUUUCAGCAACAUUGAAUGUGCUGUAUUUGAAAAAAUGUUGAUUUAUCGAUUAUUUCAAAAAGUAUUAACUCGACUAUUAUUUAUUUGUACUAGAAAAAAAAUCUGCAGUAAAUUUCAUAAUUAACAUUUUGCCCGUUAUUUUAACUGCCGAUGAAUUUAAAAUGUGAGAUUAAACGUAUUAUUUUUCUUAAUUUUCAAGAAAAAGGACAUAUUAAAAUUAAAGAGCUAAAGAAAAAUCAGGUGAUUUGUCUCGUUCAUCCCGUCCU